GUAACCCUCGAGUCAAAAUAAACCCUCGUCUCGAGAACCUAAAUGACACCGGAGAAAAUUUUCCUUUGACACAUUAGAUGCAUCUUGACACCGUUUUUCGACAUGGCAGAUGAACCACACCCUGUUUCCAAUCCAGUCGAAGACGAGGAAAACAAACGUUACUGCUGGGUGUGCUACGCAAGUGAUGAGGAUGAUGAGACUGCACCCUGGGUGAAGCCUUGCAAGUGCAGAGGAACCACAAAAUGGGUCCACCAGUCGUGUUUGCAGCGAUGGGUGGACGAAAAACAGAAGGGUAAUUCAACAGUGAAAGUGAAUUGUCCUCAAUGUGGGGUCGAAUAUUUUAUUGCCUUUCCAAAUAUGGGCCAGCUGAUGCUGUUCCUGGACAGAGUAGAUGCCUUCAUAUAUAAAGUCUGUCCAUUUGUGGCGGCAGGGGUGGUGGUUGGAUCAAUCUACUGGACAGCUGUUACCUAUGGAGCCAUUACAGUUAUGCAGGUCGUAGGAUACCAAGAGGGCAUGGCCUUGAUGGAACAGGCUGAUCCUUUGGUCUUGUUGGUAGGGUUGCCAACCAUACCUAUCUUCUUGAUCCUAGGCAAGAUGGUUCGCUGGGAGGACAAGGUCCUGCGGCUAAUACGCAUGUCAGUGCAGAGGCUCCCUUUCUUGAAAUAUCUUCUGCCUGCAUUUCGGUAUGAGGAGCUAUCAGAUGUUAGUACAACUGCAGUCAUCAGUGAUCCUGUAAAUGCCACAAGGGUAUUGUGUGGUGCACUCUCAUUGCCAACGCUCGCUACAAUAGUUGGGCGUCUUUUCUUCCCCUCAGCUCAGGACAACCUUACGAGAACCUUGCUGGGAGGGGCAUCCUUCUUGGUGGUGAAAGGCCUGUUCAAAGUGUAUUAUAAGCAGCAGCAGCAUGUGAUGCAGAGCCGGCGAAAGAUCAUAGAUUACCCCCAGGAGCCAGCCACACCCCAGACACAGCCUCCCACCCCACAGGCCCCACCCCCCACUCCACAGGACCCUCCCCAGGUGGAGCCAGUGCCAACGACACUGUCUCCCUCCUCGGGCUUUGACAUGGAGCAACAGUACCUGCAGCAGCAUCAACAAUAGGAGCUGUAUUUUGGUUUAUUUCUGCCGUUAGGAAUGUGUGAUA